AUGCCGCCGACCAUUCACAGGAAUCUGCUGAGCCCCGAGCUAGUGCAGUGGGCGCUUAAGAUUGAGAAGGACUCGCGUCUGACGGCCCGAGGCGCUCUGGCGGUAAUGUCGUACGCGAAGACGGGACGCUCGCCGUUGGACAAGCGCAUCGUUGACACGGACGACGUGCGCGAGAACGUGGACUGGGGCAAGGUGAACAUGAAGCUCUCGGAGGAGUCCUUUGCGAGGGUGAAGAAGAUUGCGAAGGAAUUUCUUGAUACACGCGAGCACCUGUUUGUGGUGGACUGCUUCGCCGGCCACGACGAGCGCUACCGUCUGAAGGUGCGCGUGUUCACGACGCGCCCGUACCAUGCACUCUUCAUGCGUGACAUGCUGAUUGUGCCGACUCCCGAGGAGCUUGCGACGUUUGGCGAGCCGGACUACGUCAUCUACAACGCUGGUGAGUGCAAGGCGGACCCGUCGAUUCCCGGCCUGACGUCAACGACGUGCGUGGCGCUGAACUUCAAGACGCGCGAGCAGGUGAUCCUUGGCACGGAGUACGCUGGUGAGAUGAAGAAGGGCAUCCUGACGGUGAUGUUCGAGCUGAUGCCACGAAUGAACCACCUGUGCAUGCACGCGAGCGCGAAUGUGGGCAAGCAGGGCGAUGUGACGGUCUUCUUUGGACUGAGCGGGACCGGAAAGACGACGCUGUCGGCAGACCCCCACCGCAACCUGAUCGGCGACGACGAGCACGUGUGGACGGACCGUGGCGUGUUCAACAUUGAGGGCGGCUGCUACGCCAAGGCAAUCGGCCUGAACCCGAAGACGGAGAAGGACAUCUACGACGCCGUGCGCUUCGGUGCUGUGGCGGAGAACUGCGUGCUGGACAAGAGAACGGGGGAGAUCGACUUCUACGAUGAGUCGAUCUGCAAGAACACGCGCGUUGCUUACCCGCUGAGCCACAUCGAGGGCGCGCUGAGCAAGGCCAUUGCUGGCCAUCCGAAGAACGUCAUUUUCCUGACGAACGACGCCUUUGGCGUGAUGCCGCCCGUGGCUCGACUGACGAGCGCGCAGGCGAUGUUCUGGUUCGUGAUGGGCUACACCGCGAACGUCCCAGGCGUUGAGGCUGGCGGCACGCGCACUGCUCGCCCGAUCUUCUCGUCGUGCUUUGGUGGGCCAUUCCUCGUGCGCCACGCGACGUUCUACGGCGAGCAGCUGGCGGAGAAGAUGCAGAAGCACAACAGCCGCGUGUGGCUGCUGAACACUGGUUACGCUGGCGGCCGCGCGGACCGUGGUGCGAAGCGCAUGCCGCUGCGCGUCACGCGUGCGAUCAUCGACGCGAUCCACGACGGGACACUCGACCGGACGGAAUACGAGGAGUACCCCGGCUGGGGCCUGCACAUCCCGAAGUACGUCGCCAAAGUGCCGGAGCAUUUGCUGAACCCACGCAAGGCCUGGAAGGACGUGAGGCAGUUCAAUGAGACGUCGAAAGAGCUGGUGGUGAUGUUCCAGGAAAGCUUCAGCGCGCGUUUUGCCGCCAAGGCGUCGCAGGAGAUGAAGAGUGCCGUCCCGCGCUACGUGGAAUUUGCGCACCUGUAA